GUGAUGUGACUUGAAAACACAUCUCGUCGGAUUUACCAUUUUACCAUGCUUCUAAUGUUUGAGAAAGACAAAAAGUGUUAACUUGCUAAAAACUUGACUUUCGUAAAUCUAUGGCACAUCGAAAAAUUAUUAAAGUCAAGAAGAAGAUUCUGUGAAAGCACACAAAAGUAAACAUGUCACAAUUGGAUAUUUCUUGCGGCUUAGAUUUUUCAGUAACUCCAGACUUACAAGCAUGUUUGACACAGGCAUUGCAUUCGAAUUUUUCUUUCAUAGUAGUUCCCAUCGUGCAUCCACGUUUUCGGCGGCAACAUGUAUUAAAUACCGGUAAGGUAGGCGGGUUCACGCGGUCAGAUAUGAUAUUAUCACCUCAAGACUGGACAUCCCGUUUGGUAGGCAAGCUAUCUCCAUAUCUCAGCGUUGAUUCUGAUGUUCCUUUAAUUCGACAACGUCACCAGGAUUGUUUAAAUGAAGAACUAUCUUAUUGCCGUGGAUUAGGCUUACCGGCAAUUAUGUUGUCGUUGACUGGAGAAAAAAGCAAUAAUUUAGCUAGAAUAUUACAAUCGUACUAUGAAAGUUGUCAUCAUCCCUCAUUGAUAUGGGCAAAAGUGCCAUUAGUAAAUACUAAUCUCAGGAGUGUAAAAAAUUAUGAGGAGAACGACACAUCUAGUAAUGAGACCUGGAUCUGGUGGUCAAAAUUCCAUGAAAGACUAGAUUAUGAUAAAAGAGUUGGAGUUGUCUUAGAGAUAUCAGCUGAUUUGCCAUCACAACAAUUGUUGAGGAGGUGGCUUGGAGAACCGGUAAAAGCUGUAAUAGUGCCUACAUCUAUAUUCCAUAACAACAAAAAAGGUUAUCCUGUAUUAUCCCGGGCUCAUCAAGAGCUGGUUGUUAGUAUGGUAGAACAUGAAGCCCAAGUGAUUGUCACAGGAGCAAGGCGACAUAAAUUAGAGUUCUAUUUGCAAUAUUUACACAGACUAUGGGAAAGACGGCCAAAUCCAGCUGAUGAUCCUAUGCUAAGUUAUGCAAGAGGUUGGGAAGAUUAUCUUCAAAUACCUUUACAACCACUUGCGGACAACCUGGACACUCACACCUACAAUGUGUUUGAAAAAGAUCCUGUGAAAUAUGAUCAAUAUCAAAAAGCUAUCGCCAAGGCUCUACUGGACCUGCAAAAGAAGCAAAUCUUAAAGGAACCUAGAACAAUAAUUAGCAAUUGCACAGAAAAUGAAGAAUUUGGUCAAGGUGAUGGUGAUACUGAGAAAAAUAAAAGGACCAUAACAGUAAUGGUACUAGGUGCCGGUAGAGGUCCACUUGUACGAGCUACAUUAAAUGCAGCAGAUAUUACGAACACCAAAGUAAAGGUGAUUGCAGUGGAAAAAAACCCUUGUGCCGUCGUAGUUUUAGCCGCGCAAGCACGUGAAUUAUGGAGGGGUCGUGACGUCACCGUCAUUCCGGGAGACAUGAGACAUAUCAAUUUGACUCCUAAAGCCGACAUUAUUGUCUCCGAAUUAUUAGGUUCUUGGGGAGACAAUGAAUUAUCACCAGAGUGUUUAGAUGGAGCUGCGGGGCUCCUCAAACCUGGAGGAAUAUCAAUACCGAGUGCUUAUAGUUCAUACGUUGCCCCGAUAUCAUCACCGAGGCUAUGGGCCGCCGCUAAAGUUGCCGUGUCGGGCACAACAGUUCAACACGACAAGAAUCUGGAGACUCUAUGGGUUGUUUAUAUGCAAAAUAAACAUGACAUAGCAGAUACGAAGUUGGUGUUUAGUUUUGAACAUCCGGCACGCGGUCACAAAGAUCACGAGGGACAAGAAAUCUCAGACUAUAGAGGUUUGCCGUUGACAGAUAACCGUAGGUCAACCACACUCUCGUGGAUUGUUGAACAAGAUAAUGUGAUGCAUGGUUUUGGUGGCUACUUUGAUUGUAAAUUGUAUGGAGAUGAAAUGAUCAGUAUAGUGCCUUCAACACAUAGCCCAGGGAUGAUUUCAUGGUUUCCUGUUUUUAUUCCUAUAAAGACGCCUUUACGUGUACAAAAAGGGGAAAAAAUAACUGCCACUUUUUGGAGGUGUGUAGACACACGAAGAGUGUGGUAUGAGUGGAUCGUUGAAAUCGGAAAUCGCAUCACUCCUCUGCACAAUUGUAAUGGACGUAGUUCAGAAAUGUUAUUAUGAUUUUGAUUUUAUUAAACUAUCAUUAAGGAACCUGAAAUAGUUUUAUUUAACCGUAUUGCAGCUUGGAACAUAAAAAUAUUAUAGAUAGUUUACUCUACAAUAAUAUUAUUCACUAACUCGAAUAAUAUUCCAUCAAAUAAUAAGUAAAGUUAUUAAUUUAUCUCCUAAGUACUUAUACAUGGCAAAAAUAUUUGUUCUAAUAAAUUCUCAUAAGGGGUCUUUGAUGUUUUUACAUUAGGUGAUCUUUAACUUACUUAACCCAAAGGAAAUAAAUUUUGUGCACAGACCAAUGCACCUGAAGUGAAACCUCUUUUCUUAAAAAACCUUACAAUAGCCCGUGCAUAAGGUAUAGGAGAAUGAGGCAACCCAUGCAUAACAUAAUAUGGGGGUGUAAGGAGUUCUAAAUACACCUGCAAGAACCCAAGCCAACCUCACCUUCACGCGGUGCACCCUGUUGACCAACAGACGAGGCUCUGGCAAACCGACCGAUGGCGGUAUAACCAACCAUCCAACGACGUAGGGGAGGGAAAUCUCACUGGUGACGGGCAGCAGCGUCAUCAGUGAAUUAACCUACGUUCUGCGAUCGCCAACCCGCCUGCCCAGCGUGGCGAUUACGGGCAAAACCUUCAAUGCAAACAGACCACAAGCCACGGCCCCCAGUUCCCGGCAGCUCCGCUAUUCCUGGUCACGGUGGCGACCACAGUGACGGCGGGGCAGGGGACAAGAGGUAUAUAUUCAGAGACGUCUCCGUGAUCAACAGGUUCAAUACAGGUAGUGAUCACCGACUCGUCCGGGGUUCUCUGAAUAUCAACUUUAAGGCCGAGCGCGUCCGUUUGAUGAAAUCCAGGCUCCGACCUACUUUGCUCCAAUCUAUAACAGGAUCUGAAACGUUCCAGUCAAAUCUGGAGAACCGAUUUGCUGCCGUGGAAACCACAUCAGACGUAAACCAAAACCUCGAAAAUGUGGUUCGGGAUCCUCAGGGAAGAGGGUGCGAGAUUAUGUGCAACGCAGCGUAAGGGUAGGAAGUCAAUGCUUUCCGAAGAGACUUUAGGGCUAAUGAAGGAACGACGUGAAAAUCCACCCGUCACUUCGUCAGCAAAGCGGACUCUAAACCAAGAGAUCAGUAAGCACAUACGACAUGACCUCCGGUGCUCCAAUACUCUCUCGAUCGAGAGAGCAAUCGAGCAGAAUCGAGGGUCCAAAGUGUUCGUACAAUCUCUUGGAAGAAGUCAUCUGACAAAGUUGACCACACCAAGUGGGGAAGUUGUUGCUUCAAAGCCGGCAGUCCUUUCGGAAGUGGAAGACUUCUACGGCCAGUUGUACGCAUCACAUGCAUCUCGACCAGAUCCCGGAAAUGAGGAUUCUAGAGCCACAUUAACGCGUCACUUCACCGAAGACCUGCCAAAAGUCAGUAUUGGCGAAAUCGAGAUUGCUCUUGGGCAGCUUAAAAAUGGAAAAGCCCCUGGAGAGAAUGGUGUUACAACAGAACUCUUGAAAGCUGGAGGUAAACCCGUACUGAGGGAGCUCCAAAAGCUUUUUAACACUGCCCUGUUCGAAGGGAGAACUCCGGAGAUGUGGAGUAGGAGUGUGGUCGUCUUGUUCUUUAAAAAGGGGGACAAGACCCUUCUCAAGAACUAUCGACCCAUAUCCCUUCUAAGCCACGUCUAUAAGCUGUUCUCAAGAGUGAUCACGAACCGUCUUGCGCGAAGACUUGAUGACUUCCAACCACCGGAACAGGCUGGGUUUCGGAGCGGAUACGGCACCAUAGACCACAUCCACGCAGUACGGCAGAUUAUACAGAAGACUGAAGAGUACAAUCAGCCUCUGUGCCUAGCAUUUGUGGACUAUGAGAAGGCCUUUGACUCGAUUGAAAUCUGGUCUGUCCUGGAGUCCCUGCAGCGUUGCCAAGUCGACUGGUGAUACAUCCAAGUGAUUAGAUGUCUCUACGAAGCCGCCACCAUGUCUGUCCAAGUACAGAAUCAGCAAACAAGUCCCAUACCGUUGCAUCGUGGAGUGAGAAAAGGGGACGUUAUUUCCCCGAAAUUGUUCACUAAUGCACCUGCAGCGUUGCCAAGUCGACUGGCGAUACAUCCAAGUGAUUAGAUGUCUCUACGAAGCCGCCACCAUGUCUGUCCAAGUACAGAAUCAGCAAACAAGUCCCAUACCGUUGCAUCGUGGAGUGAGACAAGGGGACGUUAUUUCCCCGAAAUUGUUCACUAAUGCAAUGGAGGAUAUGUUCAAGACGCUGAACUGGAAAGGACAUGGCAUCAACAUCAAUGGCGAACGCAUCUCUCACUUGCGAUUUGCAGACGACAUCGUCAUCAUGGCAGAAACCCUGCGGGACCUACAAAAAAUGCUGAAUGACCUAGCUGACUCUUCUAUACGCAUCGGCCUACGGAUGAACUUGGAUAAAACCAAGGUCAUGUUCAAUGAACAUGUUCUACCGGAACUGAUUGCAAUACACGGUGCCGUUCUCGAAGUUGUUUAAAAAUAUGUAUACCUCGGGCAGACAUUGCAGUUAGGUAGAAACAACUUUGAGGACGAGGUGAAUAGAAGAAUUCGGC